AUGGAGAUUUUAUGGCUCACACUGCUUCUCGUUCAACAGGGAUGUAAGUGCAACAGCGAAAUAUUUCCCUAUUAGAGAAUCUGAAUGCAGUCUAGAAAUGUGAUGUUAUUUUACUUCCUUUUUGAGCAUGUUAUACUUACCGUCUAAUUUGUAUGUAUUGUGUUUUACAGACGCAAAGCCUCAAGUGACCACAGUCCAACUGGGUGAAGCGGUUACUUUGACAUGCGUUCAUCCUGACAUAUUUAGCAGCAGACUUUUCUGGUACAAGCAGAAUGCAGGGGAAACUCUGGCAUUGAUCGUGAGGCUGCAGACACAUAUAGAGCCUGUGUAUGGAGCAGGAUUUUCACCUUCCAGAUUUGUUGUGAAUAAUAACAAGACGAUGGGCAAUCUGACCAUUUUGAGGACGAGUCAAGAAGACGAGGGGAUGUAUCAUUGCGCCGUCUCGGAGUGGAUCAAUGUUGUUUGGAGUGGGGUGUAUUUGUCGUUGAAAGGUAAAUCUUUCUAACUUAAAAUGACAGCUCAGAGGACUUUUGAAGUGGUGAUGUAUUUAGGAAUAAGCCAUUCAAACGGUGUGCUAGCCGACUCGGGUUUAAUCCUGCAUGAAAGUUUUCUAAGUUUGACUAAAAAGUUGUUAAUCCGGCCAUUUAUUCCAGCGUUGGUGCAGUUUAUCAAUAUUAAUUUUAUUUAAAAGUAAGUCGUUAACGAAGACAUAAACUGGGAUAAGAGUUAAUCUCCUCGAAAAUAACUGAAGUUUGAAUUUUGAUCAGUUGAAAAAAUAAAACAGAGGUAGUCUGAUAGAUUUUGAUCUUUUCUUACAGUUUUUAUUUCAUUUUUUCUUGCUUUGAUUUUCAGUGGCUUUUAAAAAAUCAUUUUAAGCAUUUUGAACUCAGUUGUAUCUCGACAGUAGGGUAAAUGUGAUUUAAUGUGGGAUUAAACAGCGUUAAAAAGGACAUCCUGUUGGGGAGUCAUAACGUCUGAGCCAGCUUCAGGCUGUGACUUGGCACAGAAGAAAAAUCAGUCUGUGAGUUUUAAUUUCCAGUAACAUGCUCUGGGCUGAUUACAUGUUGAAUGUAUUUGGAUUUUUAAAAGAAAAAACAGUUUGUGAAUCUGCGUUAGGCGGUAAAAUCUGCAUCGCGCACAGAAUGGAUCACCUACAGCAGGUAGUGACAUGUCUCAAUCUUCUAGGUGAUGACUGCAGUAGCUGUCCCGCCGGGGAACUUCCCUGCUGCCAAGCUCUACACUAGACACCACUAGCGUUGUUGUACCUUGUCUAAGUCUAAGUGUAGAACCUUUGAUUAAGAACUCAGCAAUCUGAGUCAAAUCAGGAGAUGAGGCUGUCCAAGUUGCUGGUUUCCAUGAGAAGGCCACCUGUACACUACCUGUCAACAUGCUUAAAACACAGUUCAACCAUGCUGACGACAGCCUAAACGUUUUCCUAGUCAGGAUGUCUCUUGCAUGCUUGGUGGUGACCUCGGGCUUUAGCUCAUGGCAUAAAUUUAGAAUGGCAAGUGCUAAGGUUGUUCCAAGAGAAGACAUUCAGUAUUAACAAAUCAACAUCUUUGAAUUUCCCACUGGGAUUAAAAGAGUAUCUAUCUAUCUAUCUAUCUAUCUAUCUAUAUAUAUAUAUAUAUAUAUAUAUAUAUAUAUAUAUAUAUACAUUUUGUGCUUUUAUCAACUGUCAUAUUUUCUUCAACUUUCUGUUUUUUUGCCUUUUAAAUGUUUUUCUUUAAUAUGUUUUUCUGACCUCAGUAAUGAUUCUUCUAAUGUCCGUGUUUAGGACUUUGAAUUCCCAUGUUGCUGAAAUGUGUUGUAGAAAUAACCUUGCCUUGAGUUAAUGCUAAACUUCCUGAAAUCUGAUUUCUGCCCCUAAAACAGGGUCGUAAACAGGGUGCAAGAUUCUUAAAUACUCUUGAAUGGUCCUUUUUAGGCUUUUAUAUAACAGCCUUUAUAUUGUCAUCUAGCCUGCUAGUCCUUAGCUUGUUAUAAGCAACCUGAUCAUGGUCUGGAGGAGCCAGGUAAAAUCUUUGGAAACCAUGAAACUCAGAGGACUCUCAUCCUCAACGCGAGCAAAAGCAGGCUGCAGCUCGGCUCACAGCCUGUCCUCUAGUUUUCCUCCAAAUGGAAGAAAAAGUAUUUUUACCAUGACAGUGCUCUCUACCUGUUUUAACUGAGAAGAUCGUUUCUUUUUGCAGGAAACACUCAGAGGAUGUCAAACUUACAAGUUGUCCAAAGGCCAACAGUCUCUGAUCCGAUCCGUCCAGGAGACUCGCUGUCUCUGCAGUGUUCAGUCCUCUCUGACUCUGAGAAUCAAACGUGCCCAGGAGGUCACCGUGUGUUCUGGUUCAAAGCUGGAUCAGAUAGAUCUCAUCCAGACCUCAUCUACACUGAUGGAGACAAACAAGCUGAAUGUGACCAGAGAUCUGACCCUCAGAAAAGCUGUGUUUAUCACUUCUCGAAGAGCGUCAACUCCUCCGAUGAUGGGACUUACUACUGCGCUGUGGCCACAUGUGGAAGGAUUCUGUUUGGAGACGGAGCUCGAGUGGACAUCGGUAUGAUUGUGAACAGAACCGGGAAUGGUAUUUGUGAUAUUCCAACAUCACCAUCAUUACAUUGUUGUUUAUUCACUGCUUUGUUUUCCAGAACAAACAGCGAGUACUGAAUUGAUUUCACUGAUCAUAGCUCUGGUCUGCUUGGGUGUUUCUCUGGUUGUUAAUACCGUCUUCAUCUGCCACCAAAAUCCAAGCGCAGAAUCAGAACAAUUGAAAGGUGAGAGUUUUGACCCCUCCAAGAACUUCACUUCAAAUCUAAAUGUGUGAAUUACUUCAUCCUCAAAUGUAAUACAUGUUAUAUUUUCUGUUUCCAGCUGCUGUCAAUCUGUAUCUGAACAGUGGUGUUCAAAUAAAGCAACAGGUAAAGUAUUUCAGAGGCAGGUUAAACUUCAACUUAAACAUCAUAUUUGUUUUCACACUGUCAUCUCUGUGUAUUCUCAGAUUAACGAGGACACUCAGGUGUACUCUGCUGUUGUCUUCAGCAUGGGGAAAGCUGACAGCGGUGCAGUGAAGAGUGCAAAAGCAGAGAGGAAGAGGAAGAUUUACGACGCUUUGAAGGCUUUUGGGUUGAACUAGAGAGUUAGCAGGUCUGUGAAAGAGCAGUUUGAUCUAGUUGUUAUUGGUGUGACAAGAGCUCAACUGUGAGUAAAGACUUACAUGGGUUACUUGAAUUUUGUUUGCUAGAUUCGAAAUUAGAGGUUUUUAUAUUCCUGAAAACAUAAAAUAACAGUGUUAAAACUUGUUUGAUAGCUAAUGUUGGAUAGCUAACCGUGAAAUUAUAUAUGUUUAAGUAGGUCAGGAGGACUUUGUUGCAUUUUUUUCAUACAACUUUCUCUGUAAUGUGUGUAAUAUUUGAAAUUACUCCAAAUUAUUCUGUAAUACACAGCAAGGUUAUUAUGAGUGAUAUAAAGUAAUGAUCAAGAGAGACUGUUUAAAUGGUAUGUUUACAUAUUGAUGUGGACAUUGUUGGUAUCAAGCUGAUACCACCACCAGUAUGUGUUGCAAUUGAAUUGGUUUUUGCCUAAUGUUUAAAUUUCUUUGAUAAAAGCAGCUUGAACUUCACUCUGGUCUGUUUUUUUAUCUUCUAAAUAAUAAUAAAAAUAAUAAUAAAAUAUUAGAAUUACGAUAACAGGCUUAAAUAGUACUUCAUAAAGAAAAGAACAGCCAUGCUGAUUCACACUUACCGUUGAGCUCUGUCAGGUUUGGGGUUUUGGCAACUAAACAGGAUACAUCCACUCUGCCGCUGAACUUUUCCUGAAUCUGAAGUUUGUGGCGUUUCAUUCAAGGUGGGAUGCACUGCGUGGUGCUGCAACAGCAAAAGAAAGGUUUCCACUUAAGAAUGCAUCCAAAAUAUAAACACACACACACACAUACACACACACACACACACACAUACAUAUAUAUAUAUAUAUAUAUAUAUAUGUAUAUUGUUGAUUUUGCCUUUGGGAUUUUUGAGUCGGACAUUACAAGUAAGUUUUUGUUGCUUCUUACUUAGUUCUUUUUUUUUAAAUAAACCCUUUUUUUUCCUGUAUUUGGGUUUUCUUUUCGUUUGUUUAACUACAGAACGUCACAAAUACGUCCUUUAACAGGAUGUGUACAGAGGAGACUAGGCUGUAUUCAAAAACACUUACUACAUACUGCUGUCAAACCCCCUAUGCAACAUGCACACAUAUCAAUCUAAAAACACUAACUUGCAUUGACUGUUGUGUAAAAAAAAAAGGAAGAAAAAAGAAAAUGUGAUCAAUUCGUCACUGUUAAAAUUUAGGUAAAUAUAGAGGAUGUUUUUGAUGAAUAAAAGAGCACAUGAGGGUUUCAAGACUAAUGCAGAGCUGAUUAAUUGUCACCGGAUGACAAGUAAGCAAAAAUCGACCUUAUUUUUAACUGAACGUUGCUUUUCGAGAGGUGAUAGCAUAUCAAGCUAACAGGUACAUUAUUUAACAACACAAAGCUGGCAGAGCCACAGAGAGCUUGCCAUCCUAGCACAAGCUAACCUGCUAAUCGCUAGCAAGCUAAAACAUGAUUUACAUGUUAGCUGUUGAAACUAGCUCUAGGUUAAGAGGAUUUAGAAAGUACAAAGGCUGAUAGUUAGUCACCCCAAAGUGGGUAUGUUAUCAGAGCACUGGGUGUUUUUCCAGUGUAACAUGCUGAUUUAUCUACUUUUAACAAAACCACAUAUUCAAACAGAGGUACACAUAGUUCAUCAAACUUUAACAACCUUUAACCUUUAUCUGUUAGCAAAAGUUCUCUAAUUCGGAUCAAUUGAAAAUUAACAGAAGUUAACAAGUUAAAACUGAUACCUGUUAAAGACAGACCCUCCUCCUGCAGCAGCAGCUGAGAUCCCUGAGAUCCAGGUCCAGUAAAUCAUUUCUCCCACACACAUUAGAUCUACAAAGACCCACGGAUUACUCCAACAGUCUUUCUACUCAGACUGUUUGCUCCUGAUCAUUUCGUUUGUGGUUCAUGUCAGAGAGUUUGAUAACUUCCUCUUCCUCUUUGUGAUGGGAAUUUCAGCUCAUUUUAGCGAUCCAAGUUAUUUGACCCAGCAAAAAACGACUCAUUUGGCUCCUGAAUGGAAUCAUUUGUAUUUAACAGCUGGAUUUUUAGAGCAGAGUCGUUUGUGAUCUGCCCCCUCCCUCGGUGUAUGUCUGUAGCCAGUGUUGUGACCCUGCAGGGAAGCCAGCUAAACAAAAAGAUUAGGAUGUCAGAGAAAACAUUUGAGAUUUUUGUAUUAUAGAUACAUUUUAAAAUAAACCUAUGUGAUGAAAGUUGAUCAUGCCCAGCUCCGCGUUCAGCUAAUGGUGACAGGUUUUAAAAAUGGACAGGAACUAGUCUGUACUUUGCUAAGAAUAAGUUCAGGGGGAGGGGGAGACAACACUGCAAUGUUUUAAAUGUGGACUGUUGUCACAUCUCUACGUAUUUUAUCUCUAAGAUCACAGUGUAGCGUCCUGUUUUGGUCAUAAGUGUCUGUAUGGGGGGUGAAUUGUAACCACCUCAUAAGAACAACAAGUAAUUAGCACCAAAAUGUGAUAAAAAGCAGGCAUUAAAUUGUCAGAAUAUACUUUUUUCAUGUGAAAGAAUAAUAAGUAACAAACCCCUGCUGCUCUUUAUCAAACAGUAUUGAGCAGUGCAGGCCGACUAUCAUAGAUCUCAGAAAGAGAAGACAAAGGAAACCACAACCACAACACAGCCUUAAGUGUGUGUAUAUCAUUUGUGUGUCAGAGGUGAUAAUAAACACGUCUGUGUCUGUGCGAGUCCAACACUCAUACAAAAACUCUGUGAACACAAGAACUUGCAGAAGACGUCAGCAACACUCAGAAAAACUGUCUGGCCAAAGAGUUAUUUUUGGUGCAGGGUCCGAAUGAUGUUGAUUCUGGCAGAGACCACAGAGCAUAAAGCAUUGGUGUUAUUCACUGCAGACUGAAGCCUAUAAGUUAGCUGAUCUCUAUUUUCAUUUUGUAAAUAACUCAGUGGACUUGUUUGUGGUGUUUAUCUGAACUUUAACCCUGACUCAAGGUCUGAGGGUUGAAUCUAUUUCAAGGUCAUGAACUCCACCUUUCAGACAAAAGCAUAGGACAGCAAAUGCAAAUGUGCAGGACUGCAUGUACUCACUGUGCAGCUCUGUGGUGAACGUAUUCAUUGUAGUUCUAUGUACAAGCCUACGUGUUGUGAUUUGGACAAUCCAAAACAGUUGCUCUGCUGACAUCAGUCUGAUUAGCUGCACAUGUAUGCUAAGCUCAGUGUUGGCACCUCCAUACAAAGUUGUAAAUGCAACUUUAAAAUUGUCAACCAAGCUAUGUAGAAGAUUAGAAAUUAAAAUUGCCAUUCAAAAGCACUGUAAAUCAGAGCGUUAUCAGGAAACACAAAGCCCUGCCCCAGCUUUACUGCAUGUGUUGAAGUGACAGAAUUACCUCACUGAGAAAAAUCUUCAAUUUUGGAUUGCAUGAUUAACAUGUUGUUGUGUUUUAUUAUUUUUUUAAUCGUGUUUUUCGUGGUUUCUUUCUGUUCUUUUAGUUUAUCCACAGGGACUGUUUUUAUGUGAAGCUCUUCUGGUGGCAUUUUUUUAUGUAAGCUGUGGUGUGUGAAAAAAAAGUUGGGUUGUGAGCUGUGGUUUUCAUCAACACUAUCAAUCAGGCCAAUCAGAUCACUGCGAAACAGGUCCCUCCCAUCUGAAAUGAUUCCAUUUCUGUGAAGUGUUUUAUUGUGCAGUCAAAUUAACAGAUGUCUUUGGUGGAUUAACCUGAAAAUGCUGCUUGUGUUUUACUUCCUGGUGAUCCUCAAAGCGGCACGUAAGUAUAAACCAUGAGUCAGACUUCAAAUUUACACCUCAAGAACUUUUAUCCUCUGAUAGCGGUUGGAGACAUUGUGUGAGUGUAGAUUUACCUGAAAUAUAUGUAAAUUAUGUCUUUCCAGGAUGUGUGAAAGAUCAUGAUGAGCAGAGAGUUAAAGCUGGGGCUGAUGUGAAGAUGACAUGUAGAAACAGGGGUGCAGGAAGCUUGUUUUGGAUCAGGCAUUGUUCUGGACGAUUUCCUGACUAUUUGGGAAAAUCUUAUAGUCUCACAAGUUUUGAUUCUCGUAUGGAGACCACAUCCAAGUAUGGAGUAUUUGUCCUGAUUAUUACCAAGGCAAAGUUAGAAGAUACAGGACUUUACUACUGUCUACAAACAAACCAGCAUUACUUGACGUUUCUGAAAAGAACAAACCUGACAGUUGAGGGUGAGUACGCUGUAAUUUUUUACCAAACUUGAACAUGACAAGGUCUACUCAUGCUGUAUUCAUUUACAAGUCAAACACUUGCUUUCCUGUGAAAUAUAAUAUUUAUUUAAAAAAAUUAUUUCACUUCAUAGCAGCACAGUCUGCUGUACCUACAACCCCCAAGCCGACUCCAGUCCAUCCAGCAGAGUCUGAGAAGAAACCCUGUCCUAGAGAACCCGAUGUGUGCUGUUUCAGCAACAACUCACGUCCGUCUCUCUCAGGAUUUAAUUUUACUGGAGGAUUUAAUGUCAGUGCUGGAUUCUCAGCUGAGAAAUGCUGCUGUGAAGCUGCUGCAUAUUUCUGUGCUUUAGACACAUGUGAGGAGAUAAAUUCAAUAAAUAACUGGAACCAAACAAAUGAAGGUAAAUAAUUCCUUUGUUUCUGAUGAAUGACACACUUUUGUUUGUGAAUUUAUUUGGGUGUAAUCAACUUUUUCUUUUGCGGCACUAUCCUUUUGUUUUCCAGAACAAACCAGUACUGAAUUGAUUUCACUGAUCAUAGCUCUGGUCUGCUUGGGUGUUUCUCUGGUUGUUAAUACCGUCUUCAUCUGCCGCCAAAAUCCGAGAGCAGAAUCAGAACAAUUGAAAGGUGAGAGUUUUGACCCCUCCAAGAACUUCACUUCAAAUCUAAAUGUGUGAAUUACUUCAUCCUCAAAUGUAAUACAUGUUAUAUUUUCUGUUUCCAGCUGCUGUCAAUCUGUAUCUGAACAGUGGUGUUCAAAUAAAGGAACAGGUAAAGUAUUUCAGAGGCAGGUUAAACUUCAACUAAAACAUCAUUUUUGGUUUCACACUGUCAUCUCUGUGUAUUCUCAGAUUAACGAGGACACUCAGGUGUACUCUGCUGUUGUCUUCAGCAUGGGGAAAGCUGACAGCGGUGCAGUGAAGAGUGCAAAAGCAGAGAGGAAGAGGAGGAUGUGCGACACUUUGAAGGCUUUUGGGUUGAACUAGAGAGUUAGCAGGUCUGUGAAAGAGCAGUUUGAUCUAGUUGUUAUUGGUGUGGUGUGCAGGUCUGUUUUGAAUUUUGUUUUUCAGUACUGAUUAAUCAUCAUUGAAUAGUGAAUAUAAGAUGGACUUACACAGGUAUUCACAAUAACUGUCUUUUUAAAAGUUGAUAAUAUACUGUAUAAAUCUCUUUGAAAAAUUGGUAUGUUGCUAAAAAUGAGCAUAUUUUCUUGAACCUUGGGUUAAAAGUGGUGGUGCUAGCACACUAGCUUUAGCAGCACGCUGUGAAAUGAUUAGGCGCCUUUUUAAAAACUGACGCUCCGAGAUUCACGAUGAACCCAAAAACAAAAUCAGAGCUGGUAUGUCUUCAGAUUUGUUAUCAAGCAUUUAUACAUUUUGACGGUUCUCUAACCUGUUUUCAUUCAGUUUUCCAGAAAAUAUAAUCUACCAUAAGGACAACUUCAAAAUAAAAGGAUAGUUUUACACUGCAGGUAAUAAAGCAACCUCAAAGGACUAGAGAGCGACAGCCUCCUCAAAGACAUUCCAGUCACAGAGCUGGUGAUGUGGAUAAAUCAUGAAUGUGAACAUCUUUAGAUUUGGAUGGUGUUUAGGUUAAUUGCAUUUAAGGACAAAGAUACCUGAUGCUCCACUCUUGUCUUGCCUCUUAAAUGUCCUGUAUAAUUAAACUUGCUUUGCCUUAUUUUGAAGUGAUAAUAAACAUGUGAACUUCUGUGUCAAAUAUACAUCAGAGUGUGAGGCUAACGCUUAACAGAAAUGCACUGGAAGGUUUUGGAUUAUGAAGUACGAGUUGUUGCUGACAAUAUCUGAUUUAUCCCCAUCAGUGCACACUAUUUCACUCGUGGUGUAACAGCUAAAUGACAGCACAGACAAACCGUAUGCCCGACACAAUGUCAGAGAGCACAUAAUGUAAUACAAUAUGUUGAUAACUUUGCAGGAAUUUACAGACUAUUUAACUUAAACUGGAUAAAACAGAUAUUUCAAAAUGAUGGGGGGGACAUUCAGUGUUUUAGUAUAAAGAUGCCAAACAUGGACCCUGUGGAGGCCUUCAAAAAACGGCUGAAUUUGUAUGUCAGGAGAGGGUGACCUGAUCAUUCCUGAUCUCCCAGCAGUGUCUGGUACUUCUUCUCUGUUCACCAAAUGUAGAUAUUUUGCAUGUAAACUCUGUGAUGUGGGCGGUGCAGGCCAUUAUUUCUUCAUCUCACUAUUUUAUAUCCAUUACUGUUUAAAAACUACUUUAAAAAGGAACAGAAAAACAAUGUUGUCAAUGCAUGAAGUAACUUUUGGUCAUUUUUCCUAAUUUGACUGUUUUUAGUUUAUGUCGAUAGAUGUGGGCAGAUCUGAAAUCAUGUUUGUUCCCUUAGCAGGAAGACAUAAUGAGCAUACUAGCUAUAACGUGUGAUUACAAAUUAAUCUGCAGGAUCAAGAGAGAGAGAGAAAGAGUUGGAUAUGAGAGUAAAUUGAUGGAAGUUUGUCACAUUUGUUUGAAAACUGAGCUGUAGUCUGUUUUUAAAUUAAAGUAUUUAUGAUUAAGACUUGCUGUAGUUCCACCAGGAGCCUGUCUAUAUGUGACUUAUUUGAGACCAUGACUCAGUCUGUGUGUGUAGCUGAUUUGUGGCCUGUCUAGUCAGCGCGACGGUAACAUCUCUCUAAGCAAACUCUGUGCUUAUGACUUCCCCCUCAGCGUGCGAAAUCACCACUGUGAUAAACAUCAGCUUUUCUCUCUCAGACUCUUGUCCUUAUGUAGACUGAUUCAGACAGCCCACCCUCUUCGAAACUAACACCCUUUCCUGCAUAUGCAUCACCUUCACAGAAACACACAGGCUGCAGUUGGCUGUUUUCUCCACCCUUUGACCAACUUGCGAGGCUGUUUAGUCAGAGCAGAGCUGAAGUGACCUUCAGUAUGAUAUACGGGGGGUAAAGAUGCAUGAAGUUUCAGGAGGAUUAUCGACGCGAAACAAAGAGUGUAGAUUGAGGUUUUCUUGCUUGUAUAUUUCCAUUGUCUUUAUACAAGCUCUGACUGUUCUGUUAGUAAAAAUGGAUCAAAAUCAACAUGAUCUGUGAAACCUCAUAUUGCAGAAGAACACUAUUUUAUUUAUUAAUUGCACAAGCUGGCUGUUAAACAUUAUCUGCUCUGAUAAUCUGCAUGAUUCAGAUCAUGGUUCAACAUCCUGCUAGUCUAAAUGAAGAAAAGGGAGGAACAAAUGACUGAUGACACCUUUGUUUACCACAUUUUUCAAGACUGUAUUCUUUCUUGUGUAAGAUUUUGUGUUUUUAAAGAGUGAUAAAUACAAAACACUGUGGAGUCAUUUCACUUGUUUCUCAGUAAAGCUAUACUGAAGUGUAGAGGGGCUAUCAUGGUCUCAUACUGAGAGUGAGGAAGCAACAAAAGCCCCCUCUGUGUUCACACCUCAGCAUGAAGCCAAACCACAAUAGAACCUAAAGUUUCCAUCCUUGACUUGUUUGUCUGACGUGGUGACCAUGAGUGCAUGUCUCAUGCAUCCUUUUGUGUGUUUGCAUGCAAAAGCUUUGCACCACUGAAACAACAAUGUGCAUCUAUGGCAUUCACAAGAGCUCGGCUCAUGGUCAGAAUCAUGUUGACCCCUUUAAGGCCACAAACCACGAUGCACUGGCCUGAUUGUUUGCAGGUUUAACCGUUACAAAUAGGAGGUUAUUUUCACUUUUAGCCUCUAAACAAAUCGAAGAAAGUUGUUCGUGGUGCUGAAUUGGACUGUGUUACACUCCCACGCAUCAAGACCCCAGGUUCAGGUUUACUUCCUUUACAACACAACAUGUACAAAACCUAUAAACUCUUUACAAAUUGGUGAGUUUUCAGCUAAUGUGUUUGUGUUUGACUCGUGCACUGCAACAAAUGGCUGACACAGUUGGUGAAGUGUCAUUAUGCAUAUUGAAUAAAUGAUGUAGCUUGCUCCAAUCACAUGCACUUAUCUUGCUGCAUCAGUCCUUGUUCAUCCUUCAUGUUAACAGCAAGCCAAAGCAUGUUAAAAUGAGUCAAAGCUACUGCAAGAAACUUUCAUUUUGUGUCAGUCUUGGUAACGCCGUGAACCCUCGUCUCACCUCUGAGUCUGUCCUGAAUAUGCAUAAGUGGUUUUCUUUAAGAUGAAUGUAAAUGAAGGUACAUCAAAGCGACGAAAGGUGUUAAAAUAUCAGAGAGUCCUCCCCCUGAUGGUUUUGUUUGACUCUGUAGGUCAGGCAGAGUCACUAAUUUUAGUAUUACUCAAAUAUGAGUAAGCUAAGAUUGUGGUUUUAAUGAGCUCAGAUAUACUUUAUUUUACUUUUUGAAGUAAAGAGUUUUUAAUUUAACGUUUAGUGCAUGUCUCUAACAACUUAUUUUAACAGGCAGAAACCUUAUGCAGAACCAGACUCUUGUUAGACAGUCAUCUGCUGCUACUGCAGUGGGUUUAGAGAGGAGAAAGAGGGAGAUGCAGAAAGAGAGAGAUGGACAAAGACAAACAGGAACAACAACAAUAGUUCAUACGGAUGAACAGGAAGUGUCUGAUGCCAGCUUCUAACUAACAUUUAUCCCUCCAUUUAGCCAUGUCAGUGUAUGAUGAGUGUGAUUGUGUUAGCAGCAUUUUUACUGUUACUAACAGCAUGUGGUUUUGAGCUUUCAUUUAUAGGUCAAGAGCAGCCUCAGGUUUCUGUCACAGUUAUCCAGCUCAUUCUGACCUUUUUCACCUUCCUGGUGGGCGUGUCUUAGACAGAGCUGCUAGGCAGGCUUGUCCUUCAGCAGUGUCCUGAUAGGACGACAUAACUUGAUGUCAGGUUUUGAGUUCUUGUCUGUUAGAGUUCUUUCAGGAGGGGAGUUCCUGAAAUGAGAAUUUCGACUUUAGAUGUGAGAUUGAUUUAAAUCUAUUUAAAAUCGAGUCAAUGUUUGAUUUCUAAAUUAAACUUUGUCUUCUUUCUUUUUCCCACCAUGCAAGGAUAGUGGUGUCCCUUUCAACCAGUGCAUAAAUGUCAUAAUUUUAGAUUAUUGAUUAUUGUUGAAUAUUAAUCUUAAGAAAUGUCUUGAAACGAAAGGCCCAAAAGCCCCACAGAGGGUUAAACCGUGUAUCUCAUCUGUAGUUUGAUAUCGACAUCUAUACUAAGUACCAUAAGGUGUGUGUCUUUAAGUACAGAUCAGCACAAUAGGUCUUCUCUAAGUCUUAUCAUUCAUCAUUUUUCAGGGUAUUCACCAAUCAUGAAGUUCACACCUCCGUCCAGGUGAUUCCACAACUGUACUUCUGUUAUUUUAUGUUUUAUUAUUGCUAAAGCAAAUCAGUAUGUUAAAAUAUAGCCACAAGUUUAACGCCUCUCACAGUCACCUCCUGACCUACAUCAAGUUUGUUGUGUUGUUUUUUUACCCAUAACCACUAAAAACUCUAAAUCCUGCUGCAUCCAAACCCAGUAAAUACAAACAGAGACACACAGCACACUCGUGUUUCAUACAGAGGUAAAAUAAGGUAUCUGUCUGUAUUUCUACUUUGUUGUCAGCUGUAGAAAACCCCCUCUGAGACAUCAAACUAAAGCUUGGUCUAGUUUUGUUUUACAUGUUUAGGUCGGAAAGAUUGUAGAUAUUUCCACAGCUGUGGUAGACACCAACGUAAUCAGAAGCCAAUCAGAUCACUGUGAAACAGAUCCCUCCCACAUGAAAUGAUAUCACCACUGUGAAGCGUUUUAUUGUGCAGUCAAAUUAACAGAUGUCUUUGGCGGAUUAACCUGAAAAUGCUGCUUGUGUUUUACUUCCUGGUGAUCCUCAAAGUGGCACGUAAGUAUAAACCGUGAGUCAGACUUCAAAUUUACAUCUAAAGAACUUUUAUCCUCUGGUAGCUGUUGGAGAAGUUGUGUGAGUGUAGAUUUACCUGAAAUAUAUGUAAAUUAUGUCUUUCCAGGAUGUGUGAAAGAUCAUGAUGAACAGACAGUUAAAGCUGGAACUGAUGUGAAGAUGACAUGUAGAAACAGGGGUGCAGGAAGCCUGUUUUGGAUCAGGCAUCGUUCUGGACAAUUUCCUGACUAUUUGGGAAAAUCUUAUAGUCUCACAAGUUUUGAUUCUCAUAUGAAGACCACAUAUGAGACUGGAGUAUUUGUCCUGAGUAUUACCAAGGCAAAGUUAGAAGAUACAGGACUUUACUACUGUCUACAAACAAACCAGUGGAACUUGACGUUUCUGAAAAGAACAAACCUGACAGUUGAGGGUGAGUACGCUGUAAUUUUCUACCAGACUUGAACAUGACAAGGUCUACUCAUGCUGUAUUCAUUUACAAGUCAAACACUUGCUUUUAUAAUAUUCAUUUAAAAAAAUUAUUUUACUUCAUAGCAGCACAGUCUGCUGUAACUACAACCCUCAAGCCAACUCCAGUCCAUCCAACGGAGUCUGAGAAGAAACCCUGUCCUGGAGAACCCGCUGUGUGCUGUUUCAGCAACAACUCACGUCCGUCUCUCUCAGGAUUUAAUUUCACUGAAGGAUUUAAUGUCAGUGCUGGAUUCUUAGCUAAGAGAUGCACCUGCCGUUUCUUCAGGAACAGCAGCUGCUGUGAAGCUGCAGCAUAUAUCUGUGCUUUGGACACAUGUGAGGAGAUAAAAUCAGGAAAUAACUCAAACCAAACAAAUGAAGGUAAAUAUUUCCUUUUUUUGUGAUGAAUAACACACUUUUGUGUCUCUGAUUUGGGUGUUAUCAACUUUUCUUCUGCAUCACUUUAAUAAAUGUAAAAUAACUUUAUUAAAAUAAGUUGUUCAUGUUAAUUUUUGGAUACAUCUUUAUCAGCUAUGACCAUGGGUUCUCCAGUGAACAACACAGUCCUGAAUCUGCUGGCCGCUGCUCUGGCUGUCAGCUUCAUUAUUAUAGCCUUUCUUGUUCAUUCAAUAAUAAAACUGGGGAGACAAGCUCAUCCUCGUGACAACGGUAAGCAAAGUCAUAUAUGCAACAACCUAUAAAACAAGAGAAGGCGAAAGUUUUUGAAAAUUAAAGCAGUUUUUAUUGUAAUUUUACAGCUGAGGUUCCUCUGCAGAGUCAAACUGAGACGGCCGGCAGUGAUCGGCAAAAUCGGCAAGGAACAAAAGAGGUGCAGUUAAAAACUUGACAUGAUAAUCAUAAGACAUGUUUUCUUCUGCAGUUGUGUGAAUGUUGAUCUCUGCUGUCAUUAACCAGUGUUUUUAUUUUUAUCACAUCAGGCAGAUGAGGACUCGCUGAUUUAUUCUGCACCGACAUUCACUCGUAGGAAAUCUGUCAAAGCUGGACUAAAGGGUGUAAUACCAGAGACAGAAGAAAGCAUCUACGCUCAAGUCAGGGUUGCUGAGGUGAACUGAGAAAACUGAGAGUUGGCCAUUUCAGCAUGGGCAUUUACUCACAGUCUUCUUAGACGAUAAAGAGAGUUUGUCAAAAAUAAGAUCUGCUGCGAAACUUUGAGGAUCAACCCCCCCAAAAAAUCAGAGCACAGACUCUUUAAAAUCCAACAUCUGCUUUCCCAAACUGGACACACGAUAGAGUUAUCAACUUUACUCACUCCCUGAAUUUGCUUUAAGUGUGCAGUGUGAAUAAAAAUGAAUGAAACAUGAACAAAAAAUUGUGUUUUGUGUCAUCAUUUUUACCAGAGGUGAGCAGAGUUUUGCAAAAAUCUAACUCAAACCAUGAUUCAUCCGCCUUCCAAAACAAAGGUCAUAUGCAGCGUGCAAGAUACUGGUAGCUGGGUUGUAUCUCGGGGGUCUCCCCCUGUGCGGUAGUCUGACAUGGAUUCAGUUAGAAAUAUACCAGAUUGAAACUACAGCAUAAACACACUUUGCACACACAUCACCACGGCUACUGUUUACCACAAACUGACUGCAUGACUCAAGGAUAUAUGAUCUGGCUCAACUGGUCACCUCCCAGUGGAGCUACUGUGUCAAAACAAUCGCCAAAUGAGUAAGAACAAUGAAAAAACUGUCAACUUUACACCUCUGUACAUUUAGUAUGUAAAAUAUAACAGCUUCAUCUUUAUUGCAUCUCUUCUUUUACUUUGUUUACACACACAGUUAAGUGAAGCUAUGGUCAUUUUGAGGCUCAAUUAGGCUAUUUCACUGGAUUCUUGUUUUUAUUUACAAGCAUUGGGCAUGAACAUAAUCUCUGACAGAAACAUGUCUGCCUACGGUAUAGCGGAUGACGACAUGCCCCCCUUCAUCGCUUCACUACGUGGUCACAUCCUGGUUGAUGUGUUAUGUAUCAAAGCAUUAGCAAGAGGCUAAGAGGAUAUACAACAAACAAACAAACAAUGAAAACACUGACAGUUUUUACAGCUCUGUACUGUUUGUUCGAAUGAUUGGAAAGUUUUCGUCCUUUUUAUAUCCUUUCUUUGUAGGGGUUUUGUUUUUCUAAAAAGUUUGGUGUGCGAACUCUGGAGCAUGUGCAGAACACUCAGUCAUGAUUCAGUUCAAUUAAGCAGUUUACAUUGGAUCCCCAACUGAAUUAUCCAGGUGUAAAGUAGCGCAAUGGCAGUCUGACUAACAUGUUUACAUGUAUUUCAAAAGUCUAGUUUCAGUUGGACUCAUUUAGGAACAUGGACCAUUGAUCAUAGACUGUAUAUACUAUGGGCAACUUGGUUCCGCCUCCCGCCAGUACACGGAUUUGAAGCCGAAGAGCUCUCGGUAAUUCUGCGUUUUUUCUCCACUUCCUGAAACCAACAUUGCACAGAAGCGUUGUACGCAUUCGGCGGGAGAGUCGCUGUGAUGACGCUCGGCUCAAAUAGCGUAUCCCCCAGGUGAGCUGCGCAAUCUAUGUACGCCUAUAGGCUGUAUCAAGUGUCAAUCAUAGAAAACAUGAACCCCCCUAAUAACUUUUAAAAAUAGAGUUGUACAGAAACAAGAGGACUUGAGCACAAACCAGUCUUACAAUAACUACAUGUCAAUAUCGCAAGCAGGGGGGAGGAAAAUGUACAUUCUGUGUAAUAAAUUUCUAAAGUUUGUCCACAGCUCCAUAAGUUUUGCUGGAGAAGGCGGGAUUUAUGACCUAUACUGCAGCCCGUCACCAGAGGGUGCUGUUCUCAGAGUAGCUUCACCCAGCGAGGAGGCAGACACUCUCCAUUCUAUAUUCAAUCUUUGGCCUCGACACUGGGGACUGAUGAAGACCUAAGUAAAUUGCAGCAUGUCAGCUAUCUUUUUGCAGAAAGUUCAGCUUCACGCCAGUUUUAGUUUGGAGUUCUUUAAGUAAAUAAGAGUUCAUCUUUUAGCUUAGUCACUUUCAUCGACUCUUGAAUAAGGAGUCUGAGCACAACAAGUCUUCAGUGUCCAAAGAGUCCCUGCAUGUGAUCACUACAAAGACCCAGCAGAGCUGCUAGUCUUUUCGUGGUCAGAUUCAAAUUUUCACUUCGUACUAUAACUAAUAAAACAUGAGCAGCUGUUGGUGCAGAGAGCUGCUAUAACCAAGCACACUUUUUAUAGUGUAGAUGAACAACACUGGCAUGUUCAACAGCUAGUAUGUUUGUGUUAUUGUUAAGUGCACAAAACAAAUAACACAUUCUUAACAACAAAUCCAGGAGGAGAAAAGUUUAAUAUGAUGCAACAGAUAAAAACCAAUCCAUGUUUGGAUUGCAAGGGUUCCUCAAAAGUGGUAAGAAAAGUAGAAGUUUUCAAAUUAAAUAUUCAAGGAAGUAAAAAGGGAAAUCAUUUUUUUUAUAUGUAAAAAGGAACAACCAGUGUGGUAGGAAAUGCUCUUUCAAUGUUGAGACCAAUCAGGUGUGCUGAAGGAGUGACUUUGAAGUCUGUGUCACCGUGUUCAGUGACAAAAUACCAAAGAAGUCUCCUUACAUGAGACAGUGUCAAGAUGAUCGUGUUAUGGACUACACUGCUCCUUCUUCAUGAAGCGUGUAAGUAAUACAUCGUUUAGUUUACAUGACUACAAACCUUUUAUAUCUGCUAACAAUGAUGUUCUUCUGAUAAUCAUUGUUUUCUUUUGUUUCAUUGUUCCCUCUAAUCUGAUCUAGAUGCACUGGUUCCGAUGAAAACAGCCCAAGUUGGUGAACCCGUGACCUUUACGUGCGUUUCCCCGACUAUGUUAGGAAAAGUACUCUACUGGUACAAGCAGCGUGCCGGGGAGACUCUGAAAUUAAUCGUGAGGCUGAAGACAAGUGAAGAUUCUGCGUAUGAUCCAGAAUUUUCCACUUCAAGAUUUGAUGUAAACAUAAACAAGAAUACAAGCAAUCUGAUUAUUCUAAAGACGAAUGAAAAGGAUGAGGGGAUGUAUCACUGCAGAGUAUCAGAGUGGAAUUUUGAGACAACCUGGAGCGCAACUUAUUUGUCAGUAACAGGUGAAUAUGAGAUCUUCAUUAUACAGUUACACUGAACUCUGAGUUUAUUUGUACUUUCUAAAAUGUCAGAGAAAACUGUCCAACUGUGUGUUUCCAAACAAUUGUUAAAAGGAUUCUCAAAUGAAAAAUGCUUUAUAACUCAUAAGAUCUAACAAGAAACUACUUUUAUUCUGUGUUUUACAUGUUUGUUUUUACAGGAAACACUAAGAAGACAUCAGACUUGACUGUGGUUCAGUCAGUCUCUGAUCCAGUCCAUCCAGGAGACUCGCUGUCUCUGCAGUGUUCAGUCCUCUCUGACUCUGAGAAUCAAACGUGUUCAGGAGGUCACCGUGUGUUCUGGUUCAGAGCUGGAUCAGAUAGAUCUCAUCCAGACCUCAUCUACGCUGAUGGAAACAAACAAGAUGACUGUGACCAGAGAUCUGACCCUCAGAAAAGCUGUGUUUAUCACUUCUCUAAGAACAUCAGCUCCUCUGAUGCUGGGACUUACUACUGCGCUGUGGCCACAUGUGGACGGAUUCUGUUUGGAGACGGAGCUAAAGUGGACAUCGGUAUGAUCUGGCAUCAAAAAAUGGAGUACAUAUUCAAAAUCCAUUGACAACAUCACGACUGAUGGAUUACUUUGUUUGUCUUUCAGUCCCGAUACCAUACUCAGAGUUUAUUGCCAUCGGGAUAUUAGCAGUCUGCCUGGUCAUUUCUGUUGUUGGAAAUGUUGUCCUCUUACACAAACAAAAAGCACUCAGACAUCAUGAAGGUAAGAGCUGCUAACAGUGAAAUCUGGAGCAAAAACUAAAAUCCUUGUUUGACUUUCAAAAGAUUUAUAUUUCUUAUCAUUUUAUGCACAUGAACUCGCAAACCUCUAUAAAUGCUUUUGCGUACUGAAACUGUCCUGAUGAACAGAAGCAGCAUCGUGGAGUUAAAAUUUAAACAUGAUGGUCUCAGAAACUCAGCCUAUUCCAAUGGUUGAGGACAAAGACAAGAGUUUCCAUCCAAAAUUUUAUCUAAUGACAUUAUUAAAAAUGUGAAAUUUAGCAUAUUUACCCAUGUUAUAAUCAGUCUCUUGAAAUUUUUUUUUAGAAAGGACUUUUUCAGAAGCGCAAGUUGUCAACGCAUGCAGACAAGUAUGUGGUACUCAAAAUGAUAAUGCUGAAUAAAUGUUAAAAAAAAAUUAUACAAAAACUUUAUAACUACAUCUUUUAAAUGUUCUAUUUUUCUGCACAGACUGACACUGAAGAUGAACUGAACUAUGCUGCUCUGAAUUUCGCUGCAAAAAAAACACGAGGCAGAAAGAAGAGAGAGUUUGUCGAGGACGGUGUCUACGCUCAAGUAAAAAGUUGA